AUGACAUACAUCCGUGUUAGAAUCAGGAGGCAGAAUUCCUGCGUGGUCCACGUUGGGACCGCACACGUUGCCUCCAUACUAUGGCAAGACCACACAUAUGGAUGGCCCUGGACCACCCAUGAACUGUAUUCUUUCGGCAAGGACAACGUUUCAUCGAAGACGGUGGGUCUCCCAGCCCGUAUCAGGAUGAUCGAAACGUGGGUGAUUUACCGCAUAGCCGCUCCACGAACGUAG